AUGGUGCACGCAAAGUCCAAGACCUCGAUCGGGUUGGGUAAUACGCUCAUGAACGACCGUUUUGGGAAAGGUAAAGGAUCCGAUCGCAAAAAAGGUUCAGCAGUCACGAGAAUCAACCACGCAACCGGCGAAGAGAAAGAAGCAGCAUGGGUGAAGAUGCGCUCUGUAACGGAGCAAGGUGCUUUAGACGAGUUCCUUGCGACCGCCGAGCUUGCCGCUUACAAGCAAGUAGAUCCGGAGAAGAGGCUGCAGAUAGGUUUAGUUGGGUAUCCGAACGUCGGAAAGUCGUCAACAAUCAACGCCCUCAUUGGCGCCAAGAAAGUCUCCGUCUCCGCAACGCCUGGUAAGACAAAGCAUUUUCAAACCAUUCACCUAAGCGACAAGGUCAUCCUCUGCGAUUGUCCCGGUCUUGUGUUUCCCAAUUUCGCCACCACAAAAGCCGAUCUCGUCUGCAAUGGUGUCUUGCCGAUUGAUCAAUUACGAGAAUUUACAGGUCCUGCUGCACUCGUCGCACACAGGAUCCCACAGCCAUUUUUGGAAGCUAUCUAUGGCAUCCACAUUAGGACUCGGCCGUCAGAGGAGGGAGGCACGGGAAUUCCCACCGCCAGCGAGCUUCUGUCAGCAUAUGCCAAAGCACGAGGUUUCACAACACAAGGUGUGGGACAACCAGACGAAUCAAGAGCUGCUAGGACCGUCCUUAAGGACUACGUCAACGGAAAGCUUCUAUACGUUGAGCCUCCUCCCGGUUGGGGUGACGGCAUGGAUUUCAACCGCGAGUUGUACGACUCAGAACACUUGCCUGCAAAGCGCAAGGCAGCUCUAACCGCAGCUAUGGGUGCACUAGACAUAGACGAUGGUGAGUCGACAAUUGAUACGGAGAUCUUAGCCCUACCAAAAGGCGCCAAGUCGGAGAAGCUUGAUAAGGCGUUCUUCGCGCGCGAUGCGGGAAACGCGGGACAUUUAAAGAUGCCGUUCAGCCAUAAAUACACAGAACAAGGUAAAGCCGAAGAACAAGGUCCGGCUAAGCAGCUUAGUGGACGCAAGGCCAGAGCAAUGGUCGCAUUGGAAACGGGAAUAGACCCGCAGGACGUACAGAUCGGCUCGAGUAAAAAGCACUUCAAGGGAGGUCAAAAGGGCAGGGGAAAGAAGUUUGAUAACAAGAUGUUGAAUGAAGCUUAG